AUGAGUACUAUCAGCUGGAACUGUCGUGGCUUGGGCAAUCCACGAACAGUUCGAGAAUUAACGGACCUUGCGUCCAAGAAGAAGCCUGAUUUUAUUUUUCUUAUGGAAACCAUGGUGCAACGAAUACAUGCUGAAAGAAUUCGUGUCACCCUUGGUUUUGAGGGACUUUUUUAUGUUGAUCUGACACCGCAGGGUGGUGGUGGUUUAGCACUACUAUGGCGAAAGAAUAAUACGGCGAGUUUAUUGAGUUACUCUAAAAAUCACAUUGAUAUUGAAGUUAAAAUGUCUAGCUUUCCGAGGUGGAGAAUGACAUGUUAUUAUGGCUAUUCUCAGCACCAUAGGAGGGCAGAAGCAUGGGAGUUGAUAAAAUCCUUUGCACCCCGGUCCACCUUACCAUGGGUUAUGAUUGGAGAUUUUAAUGAUCUCCUAUUCCAGCACGAGAAGAGAGGAGGUAAUCCACACCCUAAUAAUCUCCUACGCGGCUUUGGGGAGACUAUUGACCAGUGUGGCUUGACUCAGUUGCCUAUAGAGGGUUACCGGUUUACUUGGGAAAAAGGAAAGGGUACGCCAGCUUGCAUUGAAGAACGUUUGGAUAAGGUAUUAGCAUCUAAUGAUUGGCGUGACAUUGUGCCUGGGGCUAGGGUGAUUAAUAAUCUAAUGAGGAAAUCUGAUCAUUCUGCAUUAUUUUUGAGUGUCUAUGGAACUUUACAAAACGGAGGAGGAGGAAGGAGAGGGUUUCGGUUUGAAAUGGCCUGGUUAUAUGAUGACGGAUGCAGGAAUGUGGUGGAGAAGUCAUGGGAGGAGGGGAGGAGUGAAGGGAUCCAGGACUGUAUAACACACUGUGGGAACAAAUUGUCCAGAUGGGGCGGAGACCGGUACCAUAAGUUUGGUGAAAAAAUCAGACACCUGCGGAAGCAACAGUUACAUCUUAGGGGUCGUACUGAUUUGGCAUCCUUGAAUGAAUUCCAGCGCCUGGAAGGAAUUCUGAGUAAUAUGGAGAUCCAAGAGGAUGCUUACUGGAGGCAAAGGGCCAAACAACACUAG